CUCUGUUUUCUAUACAUAUAUGUAUGUGUAUAUGUAUUUGUUUGUAUAAACGACGACACGUUUAUCUCUCUUUGUUUAACUGUAUAUAUAUGUUCACGUUUUGUUUAUUUUCCAAUCUGUAAGUUGCUAAUCGGUGGAUAACAAUGAAGAACCACUUUAUCAGGUUUACUGUUUCACUUCAUCUCCUGCGUUUUGUUUGGCGUAAUAUAAAUUCAUCAAUCUUCUUCUUCUUCGAAGAGAUGGAUGUAGUUCAAGUGAAUGACAAUGGCCCCUGCUCUGAAGAUACAUAUGCUGAGAAAUUACUUUCAUCCGAUUCUCCUGAUAUAUGUAAUAUAUUUGGAGAGCCAGAUGUGCUUCCUCGAGUUGGAGAUGAGUAUCAGGUUGAAGUUCCAUCUCUAGUAACAGAAUCUGAUACUUUCUGUCUCACAAGGAACCUAACUGAUGUAAAUAGUUUGCCUAGUGUUUCCCACGAUUUUCUAAUGGGACUGCCCUUAUCCAUUAUGUGGAUCGACAUGGCUUCGGAAGACUCCGUCACUCCCCUUUCACCUGUGUUAUGUGCCACCGGUAACCAUUUUUUGGAAGUUUCUAAGACAUUUGGAGAUGGAAAAAUGCUGCUAGAAGAAUAUGUUUUUUCUUUAAAAGCUGCAGUAGGGUUGAAUGCUCUUGUAGAGGCAGUGGGUAUUGGUAAGGGGAAGGAGGAUCUUACUGGCAUGGCUGUGGAGUGUAUGAAGUCCAAUCAAGUUCUUGCUGUCCGUCCAGAAAUACCAAUUGGGAAAGCAUGCUCUAAACUUACUCCAUUGGAAAUUAUUGAAUUUUUAACAGGUGACUACCGGUUGAGCAAAGCCCGAUCAAAUGAUCUCUUCUGGGAAGCUGUCUGGCCUCGUUUGCUUGCACGAGGUUGGCAUUCUGAGCAGCCUAAUAACCAAAGUUGUGCAGCUGGUUCCAAGCAUUCUUUGGUCUUUCUUAUCCCUGGUGUUAAUAAGUUUUCCAAAAGGAAACUAGUGAAAGGAAACCACUAUUUUGAUUCUGUUACUGAUGUCUUGAAUAAAGUUGCUUCAGAACCAGGGCUUCUUGAACUUGAGUUUGGAGCAGAUAAGGGAAACAAUAUCAAGGUAGAAAAUGGGUUGGCUGAUGAAACAAAACUGGGCCAAGACCUUCCUGAUAAGAACCGCCACUAUUAUCUCAAGCCACGGAUUUCAAACCGUGCUACAGAUGCUAUUAAGUUCACCAUUGUGGAUACAAGUUUGGUUAGUGAGGGAAUAUCCGGGGUGAGAGAAUUCAGAUCCUUACCUGUUGAAAUGAAUGCUUCACCUGCUAGAAUUUAUUCUAUCAGUAGUAAUGCCAGUUCUUCUGAGGAGUUAUCAGACGAAUCCGAGUCUGCCAAUACCUUACCUUUUGAUGGGGAUAAUACUGUUACUUCAAGGCCAACCAUGAUAGCUUUUGACAACGAAAUCUCUUCUGACAGGAAUGCUCCAAAACCGAUUUAUGCCCUUAAUGGCCCAGAUACUAAUAACAUGACUGUGAAAAUACCAAAGGAGGGGGAUAGGAACAUGUGCAACAAUAUUCAGCCAAGAAAGGGUGUGAAAGAUUCAUGGCAGAGGACGAAACCUGACCAUAAAAAUCAUUUAGCCCCUGUUGCCAAAAGACGUCGGAGAUUAACUGCUUGUACUCGUGCUGAGACAGUCCGAAACACAGCAAAAGUCCUGGGCCCCAAAGUUGAAAAAUAUGAAACGAGUUGCUGUUCAAGUAAGUCAGAUCUGAGUGCAAAUGUCCUCUCCCAAGCGGAUGCAAGUAAUGCACCUGAAGACAAACUAUCAUCUGCCUGUUCUUCAUCUAAAAGCAGCCCGGUCACUGAAAACGCAGGGACUUGUGUUAAUAUGUUUGUGGAACACCCUCUUCAGGAACAUCAACCCCGGGAACUGAUUGACCUAAACUUACCUGUCCCUCAGGACGAAAUUGAUGGACCCUUCAUGAUGGAAGUUACAGAAGAACAGCAUGAUCAAACAAGCAAGCAGCCAGAGGAUCCCAUCUGGCUAAAGGAACCCAAUAAUGUGACUAGCUCUGACCUCCAGUCCAACAUGAAUGGUCGCAGACAGAGCACAAGAAAUAGACCUCCGACCACUAAAGCGCUUGAAGCGCAUGCUUGUGGAUUUCUUACUGUAAAGCAGAAGAGGAAGUGUAAGGAUGGUUUGCCAUCAGAACCAAGACCUUCCCGUCGUGCUCGUGUUAGAACUACCACUGCCGAGAACAUUAGUGAUGGAAUUGUGGAUUCCAAAGUGGAGGAAAAAGCAAAUGGGGUGCAUGAGAAGUGCUUGGCAAGCUUACAGUCUAAUUCAAGUUGAAGUUUCUGUUAUUAUCUUUUAUAUUGGUUAAUAACAUUUACUAAUUUUUCUUUGUGCUUUCUCUGAGCCAAAUAUUCUUGGCUAUUGACCUUAAAUAAAAAAAAAAAUUUCUUGGCUGUCA